AUGAGCGUCGUCGGCGUUGACCUCGGAUCGCUUAAUACCGUUAUUGCUGUUGCUCGGAAUCGUGGUGUUGAUGUCAUCACCAAUGAAGUCUCAAAUCGAGCCACACCAUCGUUGGUCGGCUUCGGCCCCAAGUCUCGAUACCUCGGCGAGGCGGCAAAGACACAAGAGAUCUCCAAUCUGAAGAAUACUGUCGGAUGCUUGAAGCGAUUAGCAGGACGGAGCCUGAGUGAUCCGGAUGUGCAGAUCGAGCAGCAAUUCGUUUCAGCACCCCUCGUCGAUAUCAAUGGCCAGGUCGGCGCAGAGGUUACAUAUAUGGGCAAGAAGGAGAGAUUCACAGCAACCCAACUGAUCGCUAUGUUCUUGGGCAAGGUAAAGGCCACCGCUUCAACAGAAUUAAAACUCCCAGUCUCCGACCUGGUGAUGAGCGUCCCGGCGUGGUUUACCGACGCCCAGCGUAGAUCUCUCAUGGAUGCUUGUGAAAUUUCCGGACUCAAGCUCCUUCGCCUGAUGAACGACACUACUGCUGCCGCUCUGGGUUAUGGUAUCACAAAGACCGAUCUCCCAACCGCAGAGGAAAAGCCAAGACGUGUUGCUUUCGUCGAUAUCGGCCACAGCGAUUACUCUUGUUCUAUUGUGGAGUACAGAAAGGGCGAACUGACUAUCAAGUCUACCACAUAUGAUCGUCAUUUCGGUGGACGUGAUUUCGACAAGGCGCUGGUGGACCAUUUCGCCCAUGAGUUCAAGGAGAGAUAUAAGAUUGACAUCAAGACCAACCCCAAGGCCAUGGUCCGUGUUACCGCAGCCGCAGAGAAGCUGAAGAAGAUCUUAUCUGCCAAUCAAUCAGCCCCUCUUAGCAUCGAGUCGUUAAUGAACGACAUCGAUGUCUCGACCGUGAUGAAGCGCGAGCAAUUGGAAGCCCUGGUCGCCCCUCUACUUAACCGUGCUUCCGUCCCUCUCGAGACUGCCUUGGCCGAGGCCAAGUUAACCAAGGAUGACAUCGACAUCGUCGAGCUUGUUGGUGGCUGCACACGUGUACCAGCCCUCAAGGAACUCAUCCACAACUUCUUUGGCAAGCCCCUCUCUUUCACCCUCAACCAAGAUGAGGCCAUCGCCCGAGGAUGUGCCUUCAGCUGUGCUAUCCUCUCCCCCGUCUUCCGCGUCCGCGACUUCGCCAUCCACGAUAUCGUCAACUAUCCCAUUGAGUUCACAUGGGAGAAGUCACCAGAUAUUCCCGAUGAGGAUACUAACCUGACCGUUUUCAACCGGGGCAAUGUUAUGCCAUCAACCAAGAUCCUAACAUUCUACCGCAAGGAGGCAUUUAACCUCGAGGCGAAGUACGCAAAGCCCGAAAUGCUACCGGGUAAGAUUAACCCAUGGAUUGGCCGAUUCUCGGUCAAGGGUGUCAAGGCCGAUUCCAACAAUGACUUCAUGAUCUGCAAAUUGAAGGCACGCCUGAACCUCCACGGUAUCCUGAAUGUGGAGCAGGGGUACUACGUUGAGGAUGUGGAGGUUGAAGAGCCAAUUCCCGAAGAAAAGGAAGGCGAGAAGAAAGGAGAUAAGAAGGACGCAGAUGUGAGAACCAGCUUUACUUCACCCCAAUCCCCACCCCAAGCUUCUUGCGAAGACCAGCGUCCCGUUAAGCGUUCACGUCUGGAAGAGUAUGCACUAACAUCACACAAGGCAAUGGACACCGAUGAGAAGCCCAAGACCCGCAAAGUUAAGAAGCAAGUUCGAAAGGGCGACCUUCCUAUUGUCGCAGGCACUUCGUCUCUCGAUCAGUCAUUGAAGGACAAGGAUGCCGAGCUAGAAGCCUCCAUGGUCAUGGAGGACAAGCUUGUUGCCGACACCGAGGAGAAGAAGAACGAACUCGAGACCUACAUCUACGAGAUGAGAAACAAGAUCGAUGAUCAAUACUCAGAGUUCGCAAGCGAAGACGAGAAGGUCAAGUUAAAGGCUAAGCUUGAGACCAGCGAGGACUGGCUCUACGAUGAGGGCGAGGAUACUACAAAGGCCAUCUAUGUUGCCAAGAUGGAUGAGAUCCGCGCCGUUGCUGGACCCAUCGUCCAACGUUACUUUGACAAAGUAGAGGCAGAACGUGCCGCGAUACGGGCAGCUGAAGAAGCCGAGAUCCAAAGAAAGCGCGAGAUGGCCGAGGCGGCUAGGAAAGCUGCCAUGGCACAGGAGGCUGCGACAAAAGGCGGCAAAGACGAGGAGAUGGUGGACGCUGAAGAAACCACUAAGCCGGAUGAGAUCAUGGAGCCGGCUGACGAGUCGAAGUGA